AUGUGGCUCAGCACAGUAUUCUUCAUUUUUGCCAUUGCGGCUGCAAGAGGACCAGAAAAAAGCUCUCUGUCACCUCGAAAUCCUGCAAUUGACCCUGAAGACUUUUCAUGGAUCGCGAAUUGGGCUGCCGUGGGAGACAGCUUCACUGCUGGCAUUGGGUCAGGCAACGUGUACAGCUCUCGUAAAGCGGACAAAUCGUGUUCUCGAUAUGAUUACUCCUAUCCUUCCAUUAUGAAUCAGAUUUUCGGUAGCUCAGUGGAGUCAUUCCAGUACUCUGCAUGCUCAGGAGCUACCUCAAUAGACAUUGCGGCACAAAUUGACGCUUUAUCAGGGGUACUGGAUCUGGCGGUAAUGACAGCUGGUGGGAAUGACCUUUGCUUGACGGGCAUCAUUACUACUUGCAUCUUGAACUCGGUUACGAGCGAGUCUUCUUGCCAAAAGGCAAUAACUGCGGCUCAGAGUGCCAUCGACAGCAUUUUGGAGGACAACAUUGUUUCUCUCUUGACCUCAUUAGACGCAAAAAUGGACUCUCGGGGGAUGAUUGUUCUCGCGUCAUAUGCGCCCUAUUUCAAUAACCAGACAGACGAUUGCACCAACAAUGAGGAUUGGGUUUUCCCUGGACAAGCAGGAGGUACAAGCCUGCUUUUGACUAAGGCGCAUCGAACGAGCUUCAACACUUUGGUAGCUAAUACAAAUGCUAAGCUGAAGUCGGCUGUUGACAAUGCUGCAAAAACCGCCAGUUCGACAAUUGUAUUUGCAGACUGGAGUGCGUGGGGCGAGGCAACAAAUGGCCGAUUUUGCGAACCGGGCUCCUCCCCUGAUCCUGAUGAUUCAAGUAAUGACAACGCACUCUUCUUCAAGCUACCGACAUACAAGGUUUUCAACCCCGGCGUUGUCUAUCGUGACCUUGCAUUUUACCCGCUCGCUCAAAUGGAAUCCGCGUCAAAUCUUACCUCUGUUAACCCGACCCAUGAGCAAGCUGGCUACACACGGCUAUUGGACUCGAUCGCUGACUCUUUAGAGAAGAGAGACGGUCCAACAGCCGGUGCCUGCACCAAGUCAGUUGUUUCAAAUCUGCUUCCUGACGGUAUUGGAAAGAUCUUUCAUCCCACAAAUCUGGGCCACGAAGCAAUUGCCUCUUACGUCACAUGGGCCAUUGCCAAUGCUAUGGCUGAGCUGGAGGAUACAACUACUCCAGCCUGCAAUAUUGUUGAUGAAUUAAAAUGCUACCAGGUCUCGGGAUCCCAAAGCUAUGCCAGUGCGUAUUCGCUAUACAUGCAUACUGCGGACUUCUGCAAGGAUGCCGUAUCGAGUCUGAACGAGCAAGAAACCGGGUCCCUGUACACAGAUGAUUACAACAAGGACACAACGGAUCAUGUGACUUUCACUGUUACAAAAGAUACCGGUGCAGUGGAUCUAACCGAGCAAACUUGCAACCUAGCUGUCAAUCAUAUCUUAGAUGGCUGCGACGGGAAUGACGACAACAAUCCAAUGAACUGGAAGUUUGGCGGCACCUACAUCAACGGGGCUUAUACAUAUAAGAUUGCGCCAGUUCGAACAAAUAGGCCUUUUCCUGCGCCCAAAGAGCCGUCAGCGCAAUGUACAGGCGUCUUUCACGGGUUUUGGACGCGUUACAAUAUCCGUGGUGCGGGCUGGGCCACGUGGGAUAAUGGUCAAAAGUCACUGCGGCCAAAUAGUACCCAUUGUUUCGGGAAAGGGCUGACGGGCUGGUGGUUUGAAUAUUUCGAUGAGCCGGAUUCUAACGGAUACGAAUGGCUGGCGAAGUUCAACUCUCCUGUUGGAACGGAGGCAAGAUGUUACUCAAAUAACAAAGUCCAGAAAGGGGCCGGUGGUCCUUCAAAUGAUGGAUGCCACUAA